CUAUUAACAUGGAAGGAGAAGCGCAUUAUAUUGUUUAUGGCAACGAAUUUCUCUGUACUCUUAAUCAAAUCUCAGAACCCGUAAAAGAAAUUAUAUUGAAAAUUCUAAACUUUAACUAUAAACGUUUGGAUAUUAGCAAGCUUUUGACGCAUUCAGAAGACGUUUGUGCCGAGAUUGAACAUGUUGGACAGACGCUUGUCACACUAGCGGGAAGAUUGCGAGAGAAAAUACUGGGAGAAAAAUAUUGUGGAGACCAAAGUAGCGUUCAGGGCAAAGCAAACUGCGCUCGGCAAAGCGUGGCCACGACAAAUGAUACAUCUGUGGGUUUGUGUAAUAAAACUAGCGAAUGUGACGAAUUGGAUCAAUUAAAAGUGACUUUGACAGUUGAACAAGAGAAAAAUAACAAGAUACAGUCAGCGGUUGAUGAACUGACCUUGUUACAGGAAGAACGUUUAACAAGACUAGAAGAACAAGUUAAAAAAGGUCAUAAAGUUACAAAAUAUCCAAACUCUCAGUCCCCAGGGAUGUGGAGGCCCAACCCCCAGAAACUGGAAUGGCAAUGGUGGGAACCCCCCCCCCCCCCCAAGUAAAACCACCGGCAUUGUAUGUCUAAAAAUGGGAAAAUGGUGUAAGUCCCAAUUUCUGACUCCAGUAGCUAACACCCUGCCCAAUUACAGUCAAAAUACAGGGACCUUUCUGCUUCUGUAGUCUGUUGUAAUUUUCUGUAAAUUGUUCUGUUUUUCUGUAUCAAUUAUCAGCAAAUGUGGCAACAAUUUUGAUAAUUUCUAGCGUAGGGUGCAUUUUUCGUUACAUUCACUACAUUGUAUUUGUCUAUAAAUCGGUAACAGUAAUAUAAAACAAAUUACAGAAAAUGUCAACAGAUUACAGAAGUGGAAGUUGGAAGGUUCUUGUAUUUUGACUGUAACCCAAAAUAGGACUGUACCAGCUGGGGGGGAUAGGGGUGUAAUACCUCCUCCUCCCAAAGAAAAGUCAUGAAGGCGGCCUAAUUUUUCUGGAGUAAUGAAAGUUCUUAAUUUCAGAAUGAAAGCAUUAGCCUUGCUAACAGAUACUGCAGAGGUCAAAUGUCCCCAUUGAUGUAGAGGCUCUAUAGCAGUGCUACAGUAUAUUCCGAUAGAUCCCUCCACAGGGCCCCAACCUUGAAGGAUGGCAUAUAUAAAAGUAAAAAAUUGAAUAGGGUCCUGUUCCAAAUCACCAUCUCAAAAACAAGCCUGGGCCCUGUCAGGCUGUGGGCCAAGGGCCCAAAGCAAGUUGACCCUCCGCCUUCCAGUCUCCACUCUUGGGGUCCUGAUGGAAGCACAUUUUUGUUGUUGAGGCAGCCAAUCUUUGAAUAGAGGUAGGCAUGAUGAUCUGGGGACCACCUAUUCACCCAAAACUAGUAGCCUGGGUAUGAAAAUAGAUCCUGCAAUCAAACUUCAACUGGUGUAUGACUCAGGCAGAUUUUGAUCCAAACGGUUCUGAAUUUGGCUCAAUAGCUAUUAAUAUAGUAGACUGUUUUUGAAGUUGAUAGCAACUUACCCCAGGUAAUCUAAUUAGAUAAUAGUUAGCUCCACUCCCUCUGCAUGGUUUCCAAGUUGACCUGUAACUCUAGCUCAUUAAACUAUGGAGGUAUAUCUGUCACUCCAUUGCUCCUUAACUCAGUAGCAUUGUUUUACUGAAAACUCCCCAUGCAAAUGAUGUUUGAGCAAUGAGCUCCAUCUAUAGCUGGGGCAAGAACUCGAGUCCAAAAAAUGAAGGCAAGAUGGCAGAAAUUUAAGAGUUAUUGGACAUCAGUUCCAGUCCCUUUCUAUUGUUUUUGCCUGUGUGGUUAACACGAAGCUGGCAAGGAGUGUGCCUAAAGUUUGUAUUUUGACAUUGAUUUAAACAAUAACACUAUGGUUUUAUGAACUGAUAGCUUGUUUAGUGAUACAGCCUGGGAGAAAUGGUAUUAAAACUGUUUACAACUUUCUUAGCUAUUGGACGUCAAUACCACCAUCUUGCCUUCACUUUUCUCAUAGGCCAAACAAUUGAAGUUCUUUCUCCCCCCCCCCCCCCCCCCCAUUGACACAUUAGUCGGAACGGCCCAGAACAGCACCAACGGUGAUAUUUUUUAAACAAUGCAGCUGAAAGUGCUAUAAACGAAAAGUUAAAGGCGAAGAAACUUGACAGGAAGAAAGAACAAGUGCAAAAGGUUUUUAAAAGUGGACCAGGUCACGUUUACAGCAGACGUUUACAGAAGGUAAUUUUUGUACAUUGACAAGGCCACAUUGUAAGCCACAGCAACUAGGCUGCGUACUUUGCCUGCACAAACUUACCUGCUCCUCUGAGAUACAAUGUCCACAGUUUUUGAAGCAAAAUUUUACUAGCGUGCUGAUAACGUGUGCCGCUGACGAAGAUAACCCAGUCUUGGCAUGUUUUGUCUGCGGCGCAGGUUAACUACACACGCAAAAAUCUCACCUUGUAGCAAGUCUGCUAACAAGCCGUCAACAAGUUGUGUUCGCACUGCUUGUCCCAAAUUGUCAACAAGUUUGGAAUAAGCUGUUAACAACUUGUAACAAGCUUGACGACAUUGUCAGACUUGUGGCAAGGUUGUUCUAACAAGUCUGAUACAGACAUGAUAUAACGGUGUUGUUUAAUACAACCUUGUGUCAUCAACCUUGUAACAUUCUUGUUAUAUCAUGACUGUAUCAGACUUGCUAGAACAACCUUGUAACAAGUCUGAUAAUGCCAUCAAGCUUAUCGCAAGUUGCUAACAGUUUGUUCCAAACUUGUUACAACAACUGGGAACAAGCAGUGUGAAAACAACUUGUCGACAGCUUGUGAACAGAUCUGUCACAACUUGUUCGCAGACCUGUAACAACUUGUGCGUUUUUACGUGUGUACACGCGUAAAAACGCACAGCUUGUAACAAGUUGUUACAAGUCUGUUCACAAGCUGUCAACAAGUUGUGUUCGCACUACUUGUUCCCAGUUUGUUGUAACAAGUUUGGAACAAGCUGUUAACAACUUGUAACAAGCUUGAUUGCAUUAUCAUCCUUGUUACAAGACUGUGCUAACAAGUUUGUUACAGCCAUGAUAUAACAAGGAUGUUACAUGUACAAGGCUGUCAACACAAGGUUGUAACAAUCUUGUUAUAUCCAGCAUGUAUCAGACUUGUUAGAACAACCUUGUAACAAGUCUGAUAAUUUCAACAAGGUUGUUACAAGUUGUUCCAAAUCUGUUGACAACUUGUGACAAGCAAUGCGAAUACAUCUUGUUGACGGCUUGUUGGCAGACUUGUUACAAGAUGUGAGAUUUUUACGUGUGUAGAGUGAAGUAGGGAAAUCAGAUCUUUUCAACACCAGCUGCAGAUUGAAAGAGAUACAGCUACCUGAAAAAUAUGAACAUAUCUCUCUCAGUCCACAGCUGUCUGUUACCAUCGCUUCCUACUCUGGAACCGCCUGUUCAAGACCUUUUCAACACCAUGAACAUCAUAGAGAUUAUAUAUAACACUAGAGGGGGCGUCGAGGGUGAAAUUUUGGAGCGCCGUAAUGGGGGGCAAAUUGAAAUCCCGGAUGAACACCACAAAAUUCUUGGGUUUCACUUGAAACCAGAAAAAUUUAAAACAAGACUCACAAAACUGGGUGUUUUAUAUGUUUUGCAUGUCAUUGCUACAAGCAUUCCCCCCCCCCCAAAUUUUGAAUUUAAACGAUUAAUUCCUCUUGAAAAGACAUCAGCAUUAUUUUGGAGCGCUCUCAAAAAUGUGUUAUGGACAAAAUUGAGGUAAAAAUGCUUGGUAAAAAUCAAAACGGGACUACCUAACUGCCAUAAACAAGAAUUUAGAGAUUUUGGCUCAAAGUCGCUCAUGCAUUUUAAUUUUUGCCCCAAUACAAGGCAAUAUAGCAGCGUUCCCUUUCUUUGACUGAGAAAAAUUAAGAUUAAUGACUCCUCAUUAGUUACGAAGGCUCGCAAGUUGCUACUAUCAAAAUUUGCCACUAUUGUCAGGAUUCUACAGUAGGCAGUUGACCAUGACAGUUAAAACACGUAUGCAAACACUAUACUAGCCCCAUAUACACUACAGGGAACUCUGAGAUUAAGUUUGAAACUAUAUCUUGUUAAUUCGCUCUAGUCCGUCAACACUUCGGACAGAUAUUUUUAGGCCUGGGAACCAGUAUUUUAUGAUAAUGUUUCUUCGUCGACUUGAGACCUUAAAAAGUUGGAAUAGAUGUAUAUGGUAGUAUGUCUAUCUAAUUAAAAUGAUGUCGGUAAUGAGAUCUGUUGAAAUAGUUGGUUGAUGCACAUCAGUAAAUGAAUUAUAUUUUGUGUGCGUGUGUGGUGUAAUGUACUCGGGUGAAUAUGAUGAAUUUUAAUUUAAUGAAAUUUAAUUUUUUUAUAUGGUGAAUUUAAUGUUCUUUUCUUUUUCCUAAUGAAGACAUGGUUCCGGCCAUGCUUUUCUCAUAAGUUUCAGCCGGUACCAGAACCCUAAAAAAAUAGGCCUCUACAAGGGCCUGCAUGGUUGUCUGUUUUCCUUCCUUGGUAAUUAUUUCCUUAGGGCCUGUUUCAAACGUUGAAUUUGGCAUGUGUCGAAUUCAAUACACGCUUCCGGAAAGUACGUCACCUUGGCUAUAGAGCCUCGUUUCCAUGACUGAGCAUCAGGCUUUGACUAAUGUCAGAUACACGAAAACGAGGCUCAAUAGCCAAAGUGACGUACUUUCCGGAAGGGUGUAUUCUGUUUGGACUUGCUUGCGAAAAGCAGACUGGAUGGAACAAGGAUGAUUUGGAGAGGCUAUGUAGGUUCAUGCAAAAUUCGACGUUUGAAUCAGAUUAAAUGAAGGAAAAAUGUUAUAUUUUAUAUCAUUGAAUUUAUAGAACGAACAAGAGCGCAGAAAGCCAUCAACUCCACGACCACCUAUUCUUACUUUACCACAAUGUCAGAGCAAGGUUACUGACCAGGUACCAAACAAUGGUUAUAUUAAAUGCAGAGAAAACAUUCUGCUGGUCAAUAAAAAUGUUGAGAGAAAACAUGAUGAAAUUUAAAUGUUUGUGUAUACUGUAUAGUCAAUGGUGAUAGUUGGUCAAUGUAAUUUUCCCAGCAAUUGGAAAAUACAUGCCCAGAUUUAUUUAAUUCUUACAACCAAAUCAUCUCAUCCCGUUCCGUUCCAUUGGGCAUUCUGUUCUCAAUGCCCAUUUCCACUCAACAAAAAUUUUCACGGACAAAAAAUUUUCAACUUCAAAAUUUUUUUCCGACGGAAAAUUUGUGUCGGCCAAUCACAUUUUACACAAUUUUUUUCUGCGGAAAAUUUUCCUGAGUGGAAAUUGGCCUUAGUAGGCAGGACAUUGACUCUGUGGAGUGUGGAUUUUAAUUUCAGGGUUAUGAACAUACACGAUUGCAUGUGAGCCCUGUGCCAACCAAGAGUUUAAGAGAAAAGAAAGAAGAAUUACAGUUACAAGAGGAAAUAAAAUGGUCUCGGGUAAGACUUCCUCAGUGUUCCUACGAUUGCAGGGUUCCCAACAGAAGCCGGCACCCGGCGAAUUCCGCCACUCAUGCAUAGCCUAGACAAUUGGCGGUCAGUGUCUCGCAAUAACCCAAAAUAUUUUUCCCUUACCACAGAAAUGCCAAGGAAAAUGUUUAUUACUUUUAGAACAUAAAUUUACACGAUAUUCUUCGUUAAAUGUUUAGAUAAUUUUAUGUAUUAAGUAUGACGACAUCCGAGCACCUUUCAUGAUCAUGAACUAACCUGAGCAGUGAUCUAUCGUAAUACUUCGGCAUUACUUCCUACAAUUACUUCAUACGGUAUAGUUACGUGACGAGUCGAAAUUUAGUUUUAUAUGUGUCCAGUACAGGUAUGUCCCAAAUCAACUCACCAAAAUGGAUGGAAAUGCCAUUUCCAAGAAUCAAAAUUUCAAAAUCUUUACAGGAAAACACUCAGACCCCCCCCCCCCCCCAUGCAGAAGGGUUGAACUUUCGGCACCACAUGGCCGCCUGCUUCUUUUAAACCUACUCCAAUGUGUUGGGAACCCUAGCAUACAUGUACUAGUCAGAAAUAAAAUACCAAAGUGCGUUCGAUAGCGUUCAACUUCGGAUGCGUAGGAACGCAACAUAGAGCACGUUCACAAAAGAAAACGCUUAGAAACGACGCGUUUAACCAAGUAUACAUUUUCUGUUUACUAGAUAACACCAAUACCUGUUCAUGGUACAAGAGCAAGAAAUCAUCAUAACUUGCCUUUCCCUCAGAAGAAAGCUUAAGUUUUCAAGAUAAUGCAUGAUGCAACAAAUAUACAUGAUCAAAUCUCGUGAUAUCCUAUACCGUUGGUUACAUUUGGGUUGGUCUCGGUGGUUUUGGUGAAAUACCUGUCGUCUGCGUAUAGACAGCCCCUCGCACAUGAUUGAAGGAUGAGGUUGAAACCUUUCAAAUCCUCUUGGCAAUUCAUGUGCACAUACGCAAUGUUUUUUUCUGCACACACAAUUCAGUACCGACGGUAGUUGUAUAUCUCAUUGUGGUUGCCAAAUAAAGAAUUUCAUUGGGUGCAGUUUACCUGUAACUGAACUAUACAUGACGAAUAUGGAACAGUUAUGAGAACAAAUGCGCUACACAACACGCGUAUUCAAUAUGCAGGGCAUUAGCGACCACUCAUGUGAUAAAUUAGUUUUAGCGGUUUGGAGGAAGGUAAAGAAGGGGUUAGGGGUGUUUACAUGAGCCUUACAUGAAGCCCGGCAAGUAUGGUAAUAUCUAAAAGGGAUGGACAAGAGGUGGUUCCAAAAUUGCAAUAAGAGUUUGCGUUAGUAUUAGGGUUAGUGUGGGGGUUAGGAGUGUGGGGUGAGGGUAAGGUUUAGUAUUGUUGAUCUUAAAAACUGGCGGCCAUCUUGAAAACCUGCCUCUAGUACAUUGCCUCUAGUACAUUCCCUUUAGCCAGAAAGAAAGUCUCAAAAGUUAAGUUUGACACGUGGGUUUCUUACUCAGCCCCAUGGGAAAUUUCCAGCCAUGCUAGGUGAGAUCUCGGGUUGUCAAUCAACGAGUCUCUCAAUAAGCGAGUCUCUCAUUAUCUCAUAUAAACGAAAACAACCUGCAAAGGGAAUUCAGUUGACACCGGGCCAGUGCUUCGUGUACGGCUCGUAUAAACACCUCCUAAGCUAUAUUAAAGGUUAUAAUAUAAACUGAGUUUAAUUUUAUUGUUCAUGUGAAGAUGACCAAAAUAUUGACACCC